UCAAGAUGGCGAGGCUACAUCAGUUGAGGCAGUAUGGCGGCGCAUGGAGAACACAAUAAUUUAGAAAGGUAGUCAGGUGCCCAAAAAGAAGACAGCCGUCUCAUUUUAAUUGCUUCCAGAAGAUUCAAGUGGAGGAUGAUCAGUGCCUAGAUCCCAUAUUAAGCUGAAUGCAUUGUGAUUUCCAAUAAUUGAGACAGUGAUUCUGAAAGCUGUCUACAUUAAUGAAAAGAACAAUGUAGACAGCUUAGCAAUUUCACCUCUGGUACGUGGUCUAUACAGGGAUGUGCUUCUGCAUGCUGCAUUCUGGGUUCAGAUAGGAAGAAAGUGUCUUAAAACAGGUCAGAUUUUAGAAUAAAUUAUCAGUGCGUAUAAGCUGUAGUUCGUUAUUCAGUGGAAAUGGAGAUAGACGAUGUGCUACCCCCUCUCCCCUUGGAUCCACCUGGUUUUUUUGACCUAGAUGAGGGCAUGGCACCUCCACCACCUCCCCUGCAAACGUCCAGUGACGCAGAGGUAAUGGACGUUAGCUCUGGUGGUGAUGGACACACAGACACCCCAGGGGAAGGGGAAGCCAUGGCACAGCAACCCCUCGCUAAGGGCUCAAUCACUUUCUGUAGCCACCUCUCAGACGAGGCCAUUCCCAACCCUCAGUGCCCCAGAACAGCCCGCCACGCCCCCCCAGUCUCCGGGUUCCUACCAGACCUCAAGCUGCUCAGAGAUGUUAAGAUCCGUGUGAGCUUCACCGAAAGCAGCAGCAACAUCAACAGCAAAGACAGGAAGGUUUUGUACACAGGCGAAGGGCAGGAGGCAGGAAGUGAUGAUGGUUUAGACAGCAUGAAUGGUGAGAUGCAUGACUCAGGUGAGGGAAGCUCUGGAGCGGGAAACUUAGCAGGCAGGAGAUCAGAUGAGUCCGAGGUAGACAUGGAAAACAAGGUAGAGUUCGCCGUACUGGAUGAGCUGGACGACCACUACGAGAACUUCCUGGAUCAUGACGACAUGGAGCACGGUGGCUUUAAGUCUGAGGGCAUAGCGCAGCAGGAUCAAGCGGAUGAGGAGAGCGUGACUUUCGCCUAUGAGGAGGAGUUUGACAACGAUGUGGACGCCUUGCUGGAGGAGGGCAUGCCUGUCCCUAAAAAGAUGCGUCCGUCAGAGGACAAAUAUGGCGGGGAAAGUGAUCACCCGUCAGACGGAGAAGGAGGGGUUCAGCCCAUGAUGACCAAAAUUAAGACUGUCCUGAAGAGUCGUGGGCGCCCCCCCACUGAGCCUCUCCCAGACGGAUGGAUCAUGACAUUCCAUAACUCGGGCAUUCCCGUCUACCUGCACAGAGAAACCAGAGUGGUGACCUGGUCCAGACCCUACUUCCUUGGCACUGGCAGUAUUAGGAAACACGACCCUCCGACCAGCAGCAUCCCUUGCCUUCACUACAAGAAGAUCAAGGCUGUGGAGGAGAAGGAGCUGAAUGGGGAGGUGACCCAAAAUGUAGAGGAGACCCAAAAUGUAGAGGAGACCCAAAAUGUAGACGUGACCCAAAAUGUAGACGUGACCCAAAAUGUAGACGUGACCCAAAAUGCAGAGGAGACCCAAAAUGUAGACGUGACCCAAAAUGCAGAGGAGAGUCCUGUCAAACCAGUUGAUGAGACCAAUGGUGAAGAGAUGGCCGGUCCCUCUGAGGCUCCAGCCUGAGAGCAUACAUUGAUCCCUCCCUUCAUCGUGAUGACGGGGUCCACGGGGAGAAGUAC